AGCAGAAUACAACAACCAAAUAUUAAGAUAUAGGUUGGCUGUUGGCAACUCCCGUUUGCUGUGUGCAACCAUGAACAACAGCAACGAGAUCCAGUUUCCAACCAACUUACCCCGCUCUGUUUCUACGGCAACCCAUUCUUCAUUCUCUUACUGUGGGGUCCAUGGUGGCUUCACCCCAAUAUGGAGGAACGAUGGUUUGUCACAAUGUUUCUAUGACACAGUAGUCAGUGGGAUUUUCUUCGUUCUUCUUCUACCAUUGUUUUACCAAAUCAAUAAAAUGAGAAAACAUGGAGUUGGGGUCGAGUCAAAAUACAAACCACGUUCUAUAAUGUAUCAACUACAAGUACUGUGCAUGUUACUUCUAUCUAUUGAAGUACCUGUGUCAUUUUGUGUAACAUGGGGUGAGGUGGACCAUGUAACUAGUGGGAUGGCUAUUCUUACUCUUGUUGCUAGAUCUGGUGCUGUGUUAGCAGGUUGUUGGUUGUUGCAUCUGGAGCGAAAUAUGAUGUUGCUUGCUCUUGGUCGGAAGGGCCACAGUGCAAUAAUGUUAUUUUUAUGGGGGUAUCUAUUGUCUACGGAGGUAUUAAAGACAGCGUCGUGGAACAGCGAGGAUUGGUGGUUCAAACAACAAACACCUCAACAGCAGAUUUUGUUUGGAUUUUGGGUUGGUCGAUUAGUUUGUUCGUCGCUGCUCUUUACGAUUGGCUUUUGGUCACCGGGUGUGCCAAAGCUCAACUCCUGUUUGUAUUUAAGCGAAGACGACAGAGACGUUGAAAACGGAACGGAUCCCCUGAACAGACCACGGGGUGAAUUCACAGGGUUGGGAAGCCAUGGAGAUGGUUCUACAUGGUCAGGAAUAAAAGAAAAGGCUGUGCUACUAUGGCCUUACAUGUGGCCAACCGGAAACCUUUUCCUUCAAUGCCGUGUUAUGAUGUGUGUGGCAAUACUUAUUGCAGGACGUGUGGUUAACCCAUAUGUUCCAAUCUAUUAUAAAAACAUAGUGAAUGGUCUUACCACUGGCCAACCAUGGAGCUAUGUAUGGGUUCAGGUUUGUGCUUACGUUGGAUUGAAGUUCUUACAAGGCAGUGGCAUGUCGGGUGGUUUGUUGAAUGGAUUACGUUCGUAUUUAUGGAUUCGCGUCCAACAGUAUACCAACAGACUUGUGCAGGUUCGUUUGUUCAGCCACUUGCACUCUCUCUCCCUCCGGUGGCAUCUUUCUCGUAAAACUGGGGAGGUGUUACGCUCCAUCGAUCGCGGAACUAUCAGCAUCAACAACCUGCUUUCGUACAUCGUGUUUAAUAUUGUGCCAACCAUAUGUGACAUCAUGAUUGCUAUUGUUUACUUCAUAACUGCAUUCAAUGCUUGGUUUGGAUUGAUCGUUUUCAUUUGUCUGGCAUUGUACCUUGCUGCCACAAUAAUAAUCACUGAAUGGCGAACCAAGUUCCGUCGAGAUAUGAACACAAAGGAUAACAAAGCAAAACAACGAGCGAUUGACUCCCUUCUUAACUUUGAAACCGUUAAAUAUUACAAUGCAGAGGAACAUGAAGUUAGGACAUUCGAUGAAGCCAUCAAAGAUUACCAGGAAUCUGAAUACUUAACGAACACAUCGCUUGUGUUUCUUAAUCUUUCACAAAACACAAUAAUCAACGCCGGUUUGUUCGUCGGGAGCAUGUUGUGUGCGAGAUAUGUGCUCGACGAUAAGUUCCAGAUAGGUGACUUUGUAUUAUUUGGCACAUACAUCAUACAACUGUACACUCCACUUGGAUUCUUUGGUACCUACUACAGGAUGAUUCAAACCAGUUUCAUUGAUAUGGAAAAUAUGUUUGACUUGUUUAAAGAGGGACAGGAGGUCUUAGAUGAGGAAGACUCGAUUGUUCUUCAAUUGAAAACCGGCAAAGUUGAGUUUGACAAUGUGUGUUUCUCUUACACACCUGAGAAACAAAUCCUUAAAAACAUUUCAUUCACGGUUAACCCUGGGGAAACUUAUGCAUUGGUUGGGUCAUCCGGUUCCGGCAAAAGCACGAUAAUUCGUCUUUUGUUCCGAUUUUACGACAUUCAAUCUGGUGUGAUCCGAUUGGACGACGUAGAUAUUAGCACUGUGACGCAACAAUCACUAAGAGCUUGCAUUGGGGUCGUACCACAAGAUACUGUCUUGUUCAACGAUAAUAUUAUGAACAACAUACGUUACGGUCGAAUAAGCGCACGUGAUGAAGAAGUUGAAGAAGCGGCUGAAGCGUCAGAUAUCCACCACAGAAUAUUAGCCAUGCCUGAUAAAUACGACACCAUGGUGGGAGAACGUGGGUUGAAACUUAGUGGGGGGGAGAAGCAGAGGGUGGCUAUUGCAAGGACAUUGUUGAAGGCACCGGAUAUUGUGCUGCUGGAUGAGGCGACAUCAGCAUUAGACACAACCACAGAGCGUAACAUACAAGCUUCGUUAUCACGAGUAUGUGCGGGACGUACAUCUAUCGUUGUUGCCCAUAGAUUAUCCACCAUCGUUAACGCUGAUUGUAUUCUUGUGGUGAAUAAUGGAGAAAUUAUUGAAAGAGGAAGCCACGAUGAACUGUUAGAUCUUGGUGGCGUUUAUAAUGAGAUGUGGCAACAACAAUUAACUGAAACUUAAGUGAUACGAAGGAAAAUGGAAAAGCAAAAUAAGUUUUAUGCUAUAUCUAUGUUGGUUGUGCUUUUAUAUAAUGUCUAUGUGUUGUAUUAUUGUGAGCCUUAAUGUCUAUGUGUUGUAUUCAUCUUAUUAGUUUUAUGUUAAUUGCCAUUUUUGGGAUAUUGGGGCCAACUCUGGCCUACAUCACCAUGUCUCACCUCGAUGUAGGUUGACCUUUUUCUACAAUAUUGGAACUCCAUUGCACAACCUAACACUUUAUUAGCUUAGAAGUUCCAGUAAACCACACCAUGGUUGCUUUAAAUAUCAUUGGUUCCACUAUAUAUUAUACCAGGGUACAACACCCUUAGUUCUUGGUUAAUUUUGCCAAAUGCAGUAUUAAUGUAGACUUCACCAUGGUGUGUGCAACCAUUGAAAAUUAACCUUAACGAGUUUAGUAUGUCAAACUCCACCUCUUUCUGUGCAGUUUUACAUUCACUAAGUAAAGUGCUAUGGACUUUUGAACUAGGAAAUUGGGUCAAAACGAUCAGUUGAAACUUAUUGAAAAUCGUGACAUCAUACCUCUAAUCAUGUCAUUAAAAAUAUUUAGAUAA